CACCCCGUGUGCUUGAGCUCGCGCCGCCUCCAGAGGCAUCAGCAUCGGCAACGAAUUUCUGCCGCGGCCAUAGAGGCCGCGACGACCACGCCGGCAGCGACGAACUCAGCGGCAGGCACUCUCGAGCAUCUCCUCUCUGAUCGCAACAUCCUCGACGGUCGCCGCCAUGCUGCGCAACUUCCCGCAGGCCCGGAGGCUGCUCAGGCGGAUGGGCUUCGAGAAGGAGGACGCCUACUUCUUUAAGCAGAUGGGCAAAGCCAUGCUCUGCACCUACACUCUCUUCGGCGUCGCCUGGCUCUGGAACGAGACGUCGCCGCUCGGAUGGUGGACCCUCAAGCCACGCCCCAAGGAAGAAAAAGAAAUGGCACACCUUUAUGAGCGCAGGGAGUUUCCAUACCCUGGUGAUGAAGAAGCAGUUGAGGAGUUCAUAAAAAGUGGAGGUGCUCUUGGAACCACAAUUGGACCUAAGGGUUUUGCUGAUGCCAAUAUGGAUUCUGACAACAUGCAGAAGCAGUUGCAGUCUGAAAAGUUUGAGCAGGAAGCACGGAAGCUAUGGCUUCGGAUGAGGAAUGAGGUUAUACAGGAGGUCCAAGAGAAGGGAUUCGAUAUUGAAUGAAUAUUUAGAUCUGCAAUAUGGUCAGCACUGAUAACUUAAAACCUUGCUAUUGAAAUUGGAGAGCUAUAUCUUGGGAACAUACAAGUUUGUAGGAUCUGUCUUUUUCACUGUCUGGCACGUGCCUAGUUCUACUUGAUUGUAUUGUAAAUGCCGUCUUUUCUGGAGAGCUUAAGAUCUCAUUCGACCCUCUAUUAGCAUUUCUAUUGCCUGAUCAUCAAGAAGUUGCUCUUCUGAAAA